AUGGCUACAAAAGUGGCUGUAGUUACUGGCAGCAAUAAAGGAAUCGGUUUCGCUAUUGUGCGAGGUCUCUGCCAACGUUUUGAUGGCGUAGUUUAUCUUACAUCGCGAGACAUAAGUCGCGGAAGAAACGCCGUUGCUGAACUGAAUAAAGAAGGCAUGCAACCGAGAUUCCACCAACUAGACAUCACGGACCCUACGAGUAUUGAGGUAUUUCGUGAUUACUUGAAGAACAACUACGGGGGGCUGGAUAUUCUAGUCAAUAAUGCUGCUAUCGCGUUCAAAGGCAACGCACCGGAUCCUGUGGCAGUUCAAGCUGAACAAACGAUAUUCGUUAAUUACUUCUCAGUAUUAUCGACUUGUGACUUCCUUUUCCCUAUUUUAAGGAACGGCAGCCGAGUAGUUAAUAUAUCUAGCUCUGCUGGACGGCUUAAAAAUAUUCCUAGCGAGAAAUUAAGAAACCGAUUCAAGGACACAAGUUUAACGAUAACAGAGUUAUCUAGUUUGAUGCAGCAAUACGUAGAUGCUGCAGAGGCAGGUACUCAUGCAGCAGAGUGGGGAAAUUCAUCAUAUGUCGUCUCCAAAGUCGGUUUGACAGCACUGACAAAGAUACAGCAGAGAAUGCUUGCUGAUAGAGAUAUUAAAGUCAAUGCAGUUCACCCCGGGUAUGUUGAUACAGACAUGAGCUCCCAUAGAGGUGUUCUAACCAUUGAUGAAGGUGCUGCGGCACCACUAUUCCUAGCUUUGGAUGCCCCAAACUCGGUAAAAGGAGAAUAUGUAUGGUAUGACAAGAAAAUUGUCAGCUGGGAAGAAGAUUAA